AAUUUUCCCCGACCAGAUCCCGCCAUAGUUUUUCCUACUCUUCCACCAUAGACCCAUCACCAAAUCCACCCAGUCCAACCCACCUCCUCCACAGAGCGAAAGAGAGGCUGUAGGCUGCUGCUUUAUUCUCCUGCUGGGGCCGACUGCAAGUCUUUCUCUGCUCCACUUAUUCAGCUGGAUUUACAGCGAAAUUCAACCUUGGCGACUGUUUCUUACACUUUUCACUUUUCUUUUUAUUUUAGUUUGCUGCUAAGAAUUAACACGUGUUUCGAUUAGUUUUCCUUUAAGAUCUUCUUUUUUCUUUUUAGAUAUUCUUGCCCUCUAGCGCGAUUCCCACUUUCAGGUUGGCGAGUGUGACAAUAUCUUGUUGCGCUAUUAGCAAAUUCAGGAGUGAAACUUUUGCGCUGGCUUCAAUUUUAGUUAUUUAGGGCUUUGUUUUGUUAUUGUUGUUUUUGGACUUGAGAAAAACAGUUUCCACCAUGCACAAGCUAUACAUUGGGAAUCUAGGCGACAGCGUGACUGCCGAGGACUUGGGAAAAACCUUUGACGACCACAAGAUCCCCUACUCCGGACAGUUUCUAAUGAAAACCGGCUAUGCGUUUGUGGAUUGUCCGGACGAUCAGUGGGCUAUGAAGGCUAUCGAGACGUUUUCUGGUAAAGUGGAACUUCAUGGGAAACGUAUUGAGGUGGAGCACUCCGUUCCCAAGAAGCAAAGGACCAGGAAACUGCAGAUAAGAAAUAUUCCACCUCACCUGCAGUGGGAGGUGCUGGAUGGUCUGUUGGCCCAGUGUGGAACCGUAGAGAACUGUGAACAAGUGAACACGGACAGUGAGACAGCAGUGGUUAAUGUCACAUAUGCAUCCCGGGAACAUGCCAGGCAAGCCAUCCAGAAGCUGAAUGGAUACCAGUUUGAGAACAAUGCCCUGCGUGUCUCCUACAUCCCUGAUGAGACCUGCGAGCUAGAGGGAGGUCAGCGGGGUCCUGAUAAUGGCCGGCGUGGUUUUGGGCCCAGGAGUGGGCCUCGAAGUGGGUCCCCAAGCUCUGGAAUACCCUCCAAACCUGUGCACCCUGACAUCCCUCUGAGACUGCUGGUACCCACACAGUACGUUGGAGCCAUCAUCGGCAAGGAAGGAGCCACUAUUCGCAACAUCACCAAGCAGACGCAGAGCAAGAUUGACGUACACCGCAAGGAGAAUGCAGGUGCUGCUGAGAAGCCAAUCAGCAUCCACUCAACCCCUGAAGGCUGCUCAGCCGCCUGCCACAUGAUCCUAGACAUAAUGCACCAGGAGGCGAAAGACACCAAGACUGCUGAUGAAGUUCCUCUAAAGAUUCUGGCUCACAACAACUUUGUUGGACGUCUGAUUGGGAAGGAAGGACGCAACCUGAAAAAAGUCGAACAGGACACAGACACCAAGAUCACCAUCUCCCCUCUUCAGGACUUGACACUGUACAAUCCUGAGAGAACUAUCACAGUCAAAGGCUCAAUCGAAGCCUGCUGUCGGGCCGAGGUGGAGGUCACUAAGAAGCUCAGAGAGGCCUACGAGAACGAUAUUGCUGCUAUGAAUCAACAGACCCAUCUGAUCCCUGGGCUCAACCUGGGGGCUCUGGGCCUCUUCCCCUCCUCCUCCAACAUGCCCCCACCCCCACCUGGAAACGCGUCCGCUGGUGCCCCCUAUGGUUGCUUCGGGGCUCCAGAGCAAGAGACAGUCCAUGUGUAUAUCCCAGCACAGGCAGUGGGAGCCAUCAUUGGAAAGAAAGGACAGCACAUCAAACAGCUGAGCCGCUUCGCUGGAGCCUCCAUUAAGAUUGCCCCAGCUGAAACUCCAGACUCAAAAAUGAGGAUGGUGAUUGUAACAGGACCCCCUGAAGCUCAGUUUAAGGCUCAGGGAAGAAUCUAUGGCAAACUGAAGGAGGAGAAUUUCUUUGGGCCAAAAGAGGAAGUCAAACUGGAAACUCACAUUAAGAUGGCCGCUGCUGCUGCAGGAAGAGUCAUUGGCAAAGGAGGCAAGACGGUGAAUGAGCUGCAGAACCUGACAGCGGCAGAGGUGGUGGUCCCCCGGGAACAGACCCCUGAUGAAAAUGACCAGGUCAUCGUUAAGAUCAAUGGACACUUUUAUGCCAGCCAGCUGGCUCAGAGGAAGAUCCGGGACAUACUGACCCAGGUCAGACAGCCUCAGAAAGGUGGUAUAUGCAUGGGCCCCGGCCCGAAUCCCCAGGGCUUCACAGAGAUGGGCAGCCCUACACAGAGUCUGACUCAGGACCACCAGCCACGCAGGAAGUGAGGGUCCCACACCCUCCUCACAUGCCGUGGGGCCUCUACCUGACGGACAGACAGACAGACACAUGCACGGACAGAUAGACAGACGGACAGACGGAUACAGGAGAGCUACACACGGACCCAGCGAUAAACAGGGAGAGAUGUAAAGAGGGAGGGAGUAUGCCCAAUAGCCAGAGAGAAAGAUCAUUCUUUAAGGAGAAAGAGAGAAGAUGAAUAAAUCAAAAGAUGAAAUGAAUACAAAAAGAAGAUAAAGAUAAAACAAAACUUGAGAAUAGAAACCAGAUGCCAGGCCAGAAGAAAGACUGACUGAGGAUGGAGGGAUGAAGGAAAGGAGGGAUGGAAAGAGGGAGGGGCGGUGUCCUCCUAGUGUGCCUUGGUAGGGCUGCAGCCAGCUCCUCAUCUGCUGCAGCUUCAACACAUCCUGCAUCAGACGGGUUCAAACAACACAAAGACAUUACUCUCCUUGUAAGGUUGAAGCCUUACCGCUGUUGUUUACACAUGUCCACAUGGGUUCACAUGUGCUGCAGAGACAAGUCUUUGUUCCGUGAGACACACUAGCAGGGGCCCGUUUGUUCCUCUGUCGCCCCCUACAGACCUCUCUCACCAUCAGCACUCAGUCCUAUAUUUUAAGGGUGUUUUUUAAAAACAUAGAGAUAUAUGUAUAGAAAUGUUUUAUUCAGAGCUAUUAUUGAUAGAAUGCAGUGAGGCAGAGCUGGGAGAGGGAGCAGGGAAACUGCUGCAGUGGCGGAGGGAGGGUUGGGUGAUAGACCUUGCAUUAACCCCACCCACCCCUAACUUCCUAGCCAAUGAAAGUCUACAAGAGGGGCCGCAGAUGUUAACACUGCUCUUUAAAGACCUCUCCAAAAAGGGGAGAAUUUAGAAGAAAAAAAGGAAAAAAGGAGAAAUGAUGAGGUUGUAAAUAUAUAAUCUUCAUGUAAAUGUUAAGAAAUGCUGUGUCUGGCCACCUUGCCUUUUUUACAAGGGGUCUUCUGUAUAUUUCCCAGUCCCUUGUCUAUGAUAUGUAGCAUAACGUAGCCUACAACGAGACUGGGGGCUGCGGAGGCACUGAGGCUCUUCCACGUUUAGCCGUGUGGCGGAAGGCACAGCAAGAGACAGUAAGGGGAGCGGAGGCCGCAGCUGGUCCUGCAGUUCUAUUGCAGCGGCUUAGCUCACACAUGUGAAUGCGUUAUGAAACAACUUGAUAGAAGCAGCCAGCAGCUAUGCUAGCUGGCUAGCGGCCCGCACCUUAAACGGCAUAUUUUAUAUAUAUUAUAUAUAUAUGAUAUGUGAGUUAGCCCGGCCCCUUUGGGGAAUGUAUUAAGGGCAGUGAGUCAGGUGUGAGGUUUUGCUACACCUGUAUGAAUAAGUUUGGUAAUGACAGACAGACAAAGUGUGUCUGAGACUUUCUGCUCAUCGCCUUCUUUCAGCGCUGAAUACUUGAGACCAGACUUGGACAGGAUGGAUUUCUCCUCAGAGGAGCUGGGGUCCUUAAGGCCAUCCAUGCAUUGAAGUCAUCUUUAUUCAUUCGGACAACAAAUGAAUGCUUUAAUGCUUGUAUCAAUAUAAGGAUGUGAAAGACAGGCCUUGUCCCAGCGUCAAGUCUUCCAAAGCUCCUUGCCUUGAGCUUAGAGAAGGUAAAAUCUGACUGAAGUGGGGCAGCUUCCUUGUUCUUUCUCCCAAUCUGCCAAAGGCCUGUGGGUGGAGCCUCCAGACCCUGCCUGCAUAUGAUAAUGAGGGGCGGGGUCUAUGCCUGGACACUCUCACCAAGAUUAGAACAGAUUAGAGAAGAGAUGAAAAAGAAAAAACCUACCUCAGGGUAAAGUUACCUCAGUAUUCCUAACUCUUUUUUUUUGCUUGCUGGUGUUUUAUAUAAGAAGAAAAUGAAAGAGCUGAUAGUCCUCAAUAUUUU